AUGAACCGGGUUGGCAGGGAACCGUCGUUCGGCUGGGUCGUGCUGUCGCUGGGCGUGCUACUGGGACUGGACCAAGAAGCGCGGGCCAUGACCGGCCAGAGCACGCCGGCCAAUCGCCUCGGUGACAGUAGCUGCGAGCAGCGGACGACGACGACGACCAGCCAGUACGAGGAGUACUUCGACAUCGACAAGAUCGGCAACAACCGCACCGAGCAGCACAUCGUCGACCUGGAGCUGCUUGUGCGGGUCCACAACAUGCAGGAGGAGCUGGCGAUCCUGCUGUCCGCGGCCAACCGGUCCCGCCAGCACCCGGACUACGGGCAGACGUACGAGGUGCGCGUCAGCAAUGUGUACACGGUGAUCUACAAGGAAACGCUGCGCAUGUCCGCCCACCACAGCCACACGUUCAGCUUCUUCCCGGGUGACCAGUUCCGGCUGCGGAUCCAGAUCACGCGCAGCGGCGACAUCACCGUCGCCAUCCCGGUGCUCCAGAAGCAAACGAUCCUGGCGGUGCACGACGACCGCACCCCGAUCGAGGUGUCGUACAUCAGCUUCGGGUCGCGCAUGAACGCCUACCCGGUCACGAUCUACUUCAGCUGUGCCGACGGCGACGGAGCACUGCCGUCCGGUCCGUGGCCACCGUCGGAUCCGUACGCGCCGAACCAACACUCGGACGAGCAGCAGGAGGUGCCAAUGUUCUGGCAACAGGGCAACGACGCUGGCAACGACGGACUGCCCACCUCGGAGGACGAAGAGGAGGGGCACCGGGAGCGUGGAGAGGAUCGCAGUACAGCCGGGCGGGGCACCACAUCUGACAGGGGCAGUGACAGCAGCGAAAGCCUGUCCUGCCCGGUCUGCCCGAAACCCGAAAAGUGCGAAGUGAUCGUGCGGGCGUGCACCUCCGACACCUCGAAGGACCUGCUGAUGGGGACCGGAUCCGGGGCCACGACGUCCACGGGGGGCGAGAAGCAGAAGUACUUCUUCUACUUCAACGUCUACCUGAGCAGCAAAAACGACAAGAACUUUAAGGCGACGGAGGCAGCGGCAGUGGACCAACAGCGGCAGCCAGGAGGGGGGUCACACCAGGCCCAGGGCCGUAACUGAGCCGACGGCACCCAACCGGGGGCCGUUCCUCUACGUUCUUUUCACAUAUCCCUUCCCUAGAACAUAUCGUUCCCUCUAAGCAGCUCGCUAGUCUCGAUAGCAGAAAAGUUGAAUCCCCGUAUUUGGUAUUUGGCAUCGGGGUCGUUGGCCUCCUCUUUACAUUCGGGAUCACCUCUGGUGCAGCAGCACUCCGGAGCGUCCGUUUAAUUAGUGCCCAGUAGAUAGACGCGCGCACACACACACCCUCUCU